ACACACAGAAAAGUAUUUACACACCAUCAUAAAGUUAGCUCUCCAUAUUGUGAAGACCCUGGACCAUGAGAGCAAUUAUUGAGGGAAAGGAGGUGGUAUUCUGAGUUGCCAUUUUCAGACUCAUCAUCGUUCAGGCUCAUUCCUCUGUCUGCCCUGAACUCUCAGAUAUUUCCUGGGUGGUCAUAAUGUUAGUCAGGUUAUUCAUUGGUUAUCCGUGGCCUGUUAUCUGUCUUUCUACCUGUUGUCUGUUAGUCUAUCUUAUUUGUUAUCUGUUCUGCCCAGUUUAACCCCUUGACUGCGGAUUUCCUAGCAGCAGACCUCGCCAAGCUACAGGAAUGGAACAAAAAGUGUCCGUGGCUACAGUUCAGUGAAGAAAAGUGUAGUCCUGCACCUUGGGAGGGGAUAUCCAGCACACCAAUACCACAUGGGAAACACUCCACUAUCCACCACAGACAGCGAGAGAAAGACCUGGGACUAUGUUACCAGGCUACCAGUGAAGGCAAAAUCCGUGCCAAUCGCAGCGGACGGGUUAAGGGUCGUGAAAAAAUUGUUGUAUUGUUACGAUUAGGUCCAUAACAAGUUCUCCAUCUCCUCAGAACCCAACAUGGAGUUUGUGAUAAGCCUGCGAGCCUUCAACAACGUGGGUGACGGGCAACCGGUGUACCAGCAAGUCCACACCCAGUCAGAGGAGGAGGAGGUGGUGGCACCCACGCUGGACCCGGCGGUGUGGGUGAAGGCCGUGGUGCUGACGCCCUUCACCGUGGUGCUGCAGUGGGCAGACACCAUGCUGAGCCAGAACCAGUACAACAGCUGCACCACCUUCUCGUCCUCAUCCUCCAGCCGCUACGUCAACGCCACGGAUGUGACCUGCCUCAUUGACAGCCUCAAGCCAUCAACAGUGUGUGAGUUUGCCGUGAAGACCAUCAGGGUGAGACCACAGUGCUGGAAGCCUUCGUUCUUCUUUCAGUAAAUAUUCACUCAGUCCUGCAACACUUCUCAAGGAAAUCCUGCACAGCUGAAUCCUUGCUGUGAUGAGGCACAGAGAAAUUAUGACUCAUAGGGUGAGCUAUUAUUAGUGUUUGAGAUAUUGAUUUUUUCAUUGACCUUUUGCAAAUACUUAAAAAUGAACCUUACAUAAUGGUAUUAGAAACAGCACAGCAGGGUUGGCAAUGAUUUAAUCAAAUUGAUUUAAUCAGAUGAUUAAAUCAUUGAUUUUAUUUGUAUUUUUUCUGAGUAAAAUAUUCCAUAGGUAAAAUGAUGUGCUCCAAAGAUGAUAAAGUAAAACAACCUAUUCAUGUGCAAUGAUUCAUUUAUUCUCUUCAAAGUAUAAAAAAAAAGAUUCCUACAUUAUUAUAUCCUCCUGCGCUAAUGUUGCCAACUUGACAUGUUUUUUACUAGGUAAAAAAUCAGCCUCCUCUAGUCUUUACUAACUUGGCCGGCAAUGUAUCAUAAUAGCAACCAAGGUUUGCAACCAAACCGUAACAGAAUAGAAGUAGAUAUUCUUCUGUAUGGUAAUAAUAUAAUAUUCUGUCAUGAAAAUGACAACUUCAGGCAACUCUAUCUGUCCUAAACCAGCUCCUGUACCAACUACAAACAAGUACUGAACAAGUAUGUAUCUGGAUCCUUGACUGUGCUCAGACUUACAGGCCUAAACUUAAACUUAAAGUAACCUAUGGAAACUUAUG